ACAAAGCAACCAAAUCCUAAUCUUUUCUGUUUUCCUAUUGGAUCAUUUUCAAACUCCCAAGUUAACAUGGGCGUUGUUUCCUAUGAAUUGACAGUCACCUCCCCAAUCCCUCCGGCAAAGCUGUACAGAGCCUUGAUCCUUGAUUCCGAUAUUCUCCUCCCAAAGAUUGUGCCACAGGCCAUUAAGAGUGUUGAAAUCCUUGAAGGAGAUGGAGGGCCUGGAACCAUCAAGAAAGUUACUUUCGGAGAAGGUAGCCAAUUCAAAUACUCGAAGCAUAAGGUGGAAGCCGUAGAUAAAGAGAACUUAAAAUUCAGUCAUAGCGUGAUUGAAGGCGACAUGUUGAUGAAUGUGAUUGAAAAAAUCACUUACGAGAUCAAGUUGGAGGAAUCCCCUGAUGGAGGAUGCAUCUGCAAGGAGAAGAGCAAUUACUAUACGAUUGGUGACUUUGAAAUUGAGAAAGACCAACUAAAAGCUGGGAAAGAGAAGGCCUUAGGAAUGUUCAAGGCUGUUGAAGCCUACCUUUUGGCUAAUCCUGAUGCCUAUUAAAAUUGCUGCUACUUUUUCUGCUUACAAGCAAAAGAUUGCAUUUGGUUUGGUAAUAAAAGUUUGGUGAAGAGUUUCUACACCGUAAAGAAA